UCCAGAAAAGGAAAACUCUAUUUAGGUUGUGGUCCAAUUGGAGGUUUAUUUGGCAACGUUGAAGAUUCAAUAACGCAAAUUCUGGAAUGUGCUAUUAAAAGUGGUAUUAACUUUAUAGACACUGCCUAUUGGUAUGGACAAGGACGUUCUGAAGAAAUUCUUGGAAAGGCUAGUUCUGUGUUAUUCAGUAAUGACCAUCGAAACAUAUUUUUCUUCAAGAUGACAGCUUUGGGAAGAAUGAAAAUUAUGUGUCAGAUAUUUUCACUGCUUUUUAGCUUCGUUUUCGUGAUGUCAUUUCGACUAUUCACAUCAAUUCUGAAUUGUUCUUCAGACAAAUUGAUGGCUUUGGGACCGCUUUGGUCUAAGAUAUCCUCCAUCUUCAUUGAUUUAUGUUCUAGCAAAGAUCCAGUGCUUUCGAAGAUCCCUCGAAAAGGAUAUUAUAUUUCAACGAAAGUUGGUCGUUUCGAGCUGGAUUAUGCGCGAUCGUUUGAUCUCAGAGCCGAUCGCAUUCUUGAGAACCUCACUGCUAGUCUCAAGAAACUCCGAUUGUCAUAUAUUGACGUCUGCUUUGUUCAGAUCCAUGAUGUCGAAUUCGCUCCUCACGAAAACAUAAUCUUAUAUGAAACGCUACCUGCUUUAGAAAUAGCGAAACAUUCUGGUAAAAUUCGUUACAUCGGUCUAACAGGCUAUCCUCUUCGUAAACUUGCAUCUGUGGUUGAAAAUUCGACGGUACCAAUCGAUGUCGUGAUGACAUACUGUCAUGCAUCACUGAACGAUAAUGCCCUCGGAGAAUUUGUAAAAUUCUUUGAAUCCAGAAAUAUUGGUGUCUUGAAUGCAUCACCGUUAUCGAUGGGUCUAUUAACCGAGAAAGGUCCGCCACCAUGGCAUCCUGCAUCGCAAAUCAUUCGUGAGACGGCACUUGCCGCUGUUCAGUACUGCUCGAACGCNAACUGGGAAGGUGUUGAUGUGCACAAGUACUGGAAACGCUUACAAACACUUGGGCUGACCGCAUUGGCAACACAUCGACAUUCAUCGGUAGAGAGUCUCACGUCUACAAUGACCAGUUUUUCACUUACUUAG